AUGGCUUUGCAUCCCUCAAGAGAGAAGUGUCCGAAGAGCAUGAAUCAACAAGAAAGACUAAGAUCCACGGCUUCGUCAUUACCAAUAGUUAAGAAGAAAAGUAACGAGAAACAGUUUGAGCUGUACGAACAAGUCCUCGAUCACCUUCAGUCGGCCUCUUCAGUCCUUUGGCCCACGCCACCGCAAGUUGAAAAAGCCGUUGAAGAACUAAAAGAAGGUAAGAAAAAGCUCGCUCAUAGCAACAAGCUUAUCUUAAUAGCCGAUUCCGCUGAAGAAGGUCGGGAAGUAGUUAACGAAAACGAGCGCAGAGACCUUGCUGACGACGGCGAUGACGACAAACAGUAGAUAGAAAAAGCCAGUUCUGACGCAUUUUAGAAAUCAGCCCUCAUUUCAAAGACAAAUUAUGAAGUUAACCUUGAUUUCAAGAUUGACUGGAAAUCAACCUUGAUCUGAAAAAAAAAACAGUUUUUGUACAUUUGGAAUCAACUUUGAUUUUAAAGGCAACUUGAAUUACUCAGUGCUGAUUAAUUUCACUCCCUCUUCACAAUGUCUCGCUCGUGAGUUCUGAAAGGGUGUUGAUUGUUUGUGUAAAGAUUUCUUGCGUGUGUUCUCUUACAGUAUUUUUUCCUGAGAUUGUCUAAGGACAAGAUCUGCAUCAAUGCUGUACCUUCUUAUCAAGAAUGCGUGGUCCAUGAAAACGAUCUCCAAGUUUUUCUCCUGUAUUUCCCCAUACAAAACCGUUAGAAGUUGAAUUUCUUGCAGUAAAGUUGACAAGAUUUUUUCUGUUACACCAGGAAAAAGUAUUUACUGCAAAAUCUCCCAAUAUUUCAUUCCAGUGGCAGCUGACAAUUUUCCACUCUUACCCUUCUGUUGGCUUUUCUUUUGUCUUGAAUAUUGCUGAAGGUGCUACAUCAAUAAAUUUACUCUCUAAUCCUGUUCCAACAAAGAAUGGUUUUGUGUUUUCUCCAACAAUAAUGAAUGGAAUACCCCCAAUUUUUUUGGUCUUACUCUUCCAAUUAUUACAUCUGCAUCUUUUUGAAGAGAAAGAAGAAAGCUUUUGAUGCUUCGAUUUCCAGCCAAGCAGUUUCUUGGAUAUAUUAUUGUUCCACUCACAUACUACUUUUAUUUAUCUUGAUAACACAAAAGACGUUUAAGAUAUUUGAGUUUGUUCUCUUUAUUGUAGUAAAUUUGAAAGGAAGAUUGAAGACUCUGUCUAAAGUGCCUUCUUCAAGCUCGGUGUUUGUCACCUUCAAUGCAGUAUCCCAAGCCAAUACAGAAGCAGUGUAAUACCAAACGGGAUCGAGCCUACGGUGCUUGAGACAGGUGUUUCCGAACUUUUCAAACACAUCUGCAAGCUGGAGAGAGUCGUUCUUGAGAUAAAGGUCGUGGCAAUCACCCAUCGUCUUCAUUUUGAACUCUUUCCAGACCCUUUUUGCAUGCUUCUAGUCUUCAUCAGAGGUCUCGCUGUCAUUCAACUUUGAAUAGAACUCUUUUUUGGAGGCAGUUUUGUUUUAUCAAAUUUAGUGAUACGAUCGAUGUAGUCAUAUGUGUACACACCUUUCCGCGAGACGAAAUGGAUUUUGUCUUUGAAUAUCUUCUCAGUUCCCUUCGGCUUAGUCUCUUUGAGAUCCAGCCUUCAGCUUUCGUGACCCACAUUACUAACUAAUUUAUCAAGAGAACAAGCCAUGAACUUGAAGCUGUGGGUAAAGCAAAGCUCGUUUUUGACUUCAACUUCUCUACCCUCUUCGUUGAUGAAAGGGCCAACAACAACUUUCUCUGCUGCAGCUGAUGUAUUUGUAUUUGUACUGAUGUAUGUAUUCUUGGUUGUUGGGAAUGCAUUUGAUAUUUCCCUUGCUUUUACCACUAUGCUUGCCCCUAAGGGCCCUGGGAAAAGGCUUUCCGGGAUUCUUAGCGAAUAGAUGAGAGUCAUUACCAGCCAAGUUGUGAAUGGUGACAGGAAUGAUCUUGGGCCUCUUGAAUUGCAGGAUGCAUUUGUAGUGAGCUACUCCACGAUACUACACCGUGAAAUGGCAAUGGUCUCUAAUUUUGUCUGCCUUUGGCUGAGCUGCAUAAGUGUCAUCAUUAAGUAAACCCCUGCAAAUCCAGCAGUGUAAUGCAUCGUUGAACUCACACCUAUCUUCAUCUGUGAAGGUCAUCUUCUUGGCAAUGUCGAAUUUUUAACUUCCUUGAUGUUUUUUUCGAGCUUUUCAACAAAGGUCUGACCAACAUCUUCAUCCUCACUCUUUGCUCCUUAGAUGACUGGCUGUUGUCAAUAUAGCUUAUUAUCAAAGUGAAUGAUUUGAUAACACCACCCACAUGGUUUAUGCUUGGCUCACAAUUACUGAUUGGUUGAGUAGAACAAAGAUUAAUCCAAAGCAGUGACACCACAGUUGUUUUGAUGAAGUACUUCAAUGUUUGAGUUGUAGUCUGUGUGAUAUCAGCACAUCAUUUUUUUCUCGAGGAAUGUCUCAAUGAAGAGACUUCUGGGGGCAUAUUUUGACCAAAAAAAGGUUAAGUAUAUUGUUUCUGUUUUUUCAUUAACAUACUUCUUGGUCACUGCGUUUUGGUGGUCAGCUGGAUUGGCAAGAUUGAUGAUCUUUUUAUUUUUCAUAUCUGUAUCAGUUUCUUGAACUAAUUCAUAAGGAAGCUUGGGUCUAUUGAGAAACUCAUUUUUUAAUUAGUUUUUUUCAAAUCAACAAAUUCCUUCAGGACAAAACUAAGUUCCAGGCGGAAAAAGGAAACAACGGUUUGAUCCAUCCUUCAGAUAGUAGAGAACAGUCUCACCAUUAUUCAUAAGUGUUCCAUCAAUGUCGAAGACCUUCAGACCAGAUUGAAUCUGUUGCUCUUCCUUGACCACCUUCCAGCUAACCAACAGCGGCAGAGAUCUCUCACAUUCUUUGAAGGAUCUAGUCUCUUUUCCUUCAAGCCAACAGGUCUUGAAGAAGUCAUUGAAUUCCUUGUGUCAACUGACUGGUCUUUGGUGGCAUCCACGGGUUUCUUUCCAGUCCACCUGGUCAUUUCACUAUUCAAAGUUGAAACAACUUCUGGAAGCCUCGUUACCCGUUCAGUUGAUCUAUUUCCCUCUUUGAAGUUAAUCUCAUGACUAUUGAAAAGUGAAGGGGCCUUAACCCAAACUUUGAUGAAUCGCUCAACGAUUCCCUGAUCCCUGUGAUCACUUGCGACUGCCGUGUACCUUCCAUACUUCAGACUUAAUCCAUGACUAUUGGAAAGUGAAGAGGCCUUUACCCCAAGUGUGAUUGAAUCGCUCAACGAUUCCCUGAUCCCUGUCAACGUUCACAUUCCCUCUUCUUAUCCUCUCAUCAUCCUUUGCCGUUUGCCUUGUGACAUCACCCAGGAAUUCACGCCCAGAAUCAACCUGAAGCACUUUCGGCUAUCUCAGUGGUCCACACUCAUAAAUUGUCUGAAAAGUCUUUGGAACAACUGGUAGUCCAUACUUGUAGACUUUGAUGUGAUGAGGAAGGAAAAGAAGAUCAGCUUGAUGAACUGCGUUUGGAGAUUGAACAUCAAAAGUUGGUCUAGAAAUACACUUUGGGGCAUGCAAAUAUAUCUUCCAUAUUGCUUGCCUCAUCAGCCAAGGCUUUGCAACGUCCUCAGAAACUCCGGCUUCUUUAACCAACUUCUUCACAGCUGGCAAUCCCUCCCAAAAGCCUUCAGGGCUAUAAUAAACUCUUGAAAGUUUUCUUCCCCUUUUUAUUGUAGUUCGAAAGAAAUGAGCAGCAGCCAAUCCCAAAGCCAAAGCCAUUCCUCCAGCUUGGAUCAUUUUGCCUCACUUUUAUUCAACAUUUGGCUUGUAGAAGUCAGAAAGCUACGGUUCUCUCAGAUCAAGCUCUUGAUUAUGCACCUCGUUGUACAGCUUCAAAGCAUAACCUGUGUCCACCACAUUCUGUUUUGCCUGCUUCUUCACUCUGUUAUUAGUUUUGAUCCAAUCAAGAAGCUUUUUUAGCUUUGUUCUAUUCUCUUGAUACUUUUUGUAGGCCACUUGGUACCUCUCUACAGCGACAUUGUGCCUCUCCUUUUCUUCUUCAACACUUUUCUGGUCUCCACUCAAAUACUUUGCGCGAAAGCUACCUCCAACAAAGGCGGUCGCAUUGAUGAGUACUUCUCCAAUCAUUAUUGCUAUGCUUGCCAUUUUAUUUAACUUAAUCAGUAUGUUUUAAAAUCGACAAUGAGUAUUCAUCAUGAAACUUUUGACAAAGUUGUGCUUGUUAGAGGCCUGGAUUCUUUGGAUCUUCUUCUAUAUGACUGAUAUAGAAUAUUAAGGGAAUCUCAAAGUCAUUGCCAUUUUAUUUAUCUUAAUUGGUAUUUCUGAAAAUUGACAACAAGUAUGCAUCAUGAAACUUUUGACGAAGUUCCGCUUGUUCGAGGCCUGUAUCUUUUGGAUCUUCUUCUAUAUUACCAAUAUAGAAUAUUAAGGAAAUCUCAAUGAUUGUGGAGACUGCUGCUAACUUAACUGCAUUGGUUGUUAAUCAGCUCAACGUUUUUUUAGAUGACAAAAAUUUUUGGUUCCUAAAGAUAGCAUGUUGCGAUUGAUGCAACGAUCACAAUAGUGAUCUUAACAUAGUUCAUAAGAUUUGAAGUCGGACCAGAAGUCGUCGGUUCCUUGAUGACUUUCUCUGAAACCCAUUCGCUUCCGGCAGCCAAUCCAGUCAAGGUAAUUGAAUUGGUCGUUGUUUUAACAAGCUUAUUAUUAAAAUACUAUCUAUUUCCUUAUCAUUGACUAAUAGUGCUUCAUUAUCUUUGGAAGUGAGAAGAGUAGCACUUGUGAUUGCCUUGUACCUUCCUCACUUCAGACUUAUUACACUGGCAAUCAUUCCCAGUUCUCCAGUUCAUCAACAGGGAGAAAAUGGGUCAGUGUUUUACAUGAGAGCUGAAGAAAUGUAUCAACCAUAGCAUCACAAGUCUUUGAAGACAAUGAAGCUUCAUAUCUCUUCAAGUACUUGUCCAUGUAUUGUUAAGUAAGCUUCUUGACUUGAUCCUGGGUAAGAGAUACAUUAAUCAUUUCCUUAACUUUUCAACUUGCAAUGAGAAAAUUUAGUUGCUCACGAUUUUUCUAAUCACUUGAAGAUCGGUAGGAUUCAGCUCCCAGAGGGGAGGGUUCAACCUCGAGACUGUUCGAAACAUCAUUAACAGCAUCUUUUUCAUUGUCAGUCAUCUCCAUUUCAUUUAAGAAAAAGAAAUGUUUUCAUGUUACGGACGAAGAAAUGAUAAUGAUUGCAUAAGCCAUUGAAGCCGUAAAAGAAGAAGAAGAAACGAUGGCUCCGUUAUUUGAAUUACAGUUUACCCCACAAGGAUUCCCAUGUACAUGGAAGAAUAUUCUUCAAAAGAAAAGAUACUCUGUUGCGCUUAAAUAACUGCACGCCCCACAUGCGGGGGAGGACUUGGGAUUUGAAGUCACCUCAGCUUUGGAAAGGUAAGACAUGAAUCAUUGAAUCAUGUAACGCUGUGUGACAUAGAAUAUUUAUGAAUGAAAAAAGGAUCAUUUGUACAAGGAACACAAAAAACCAAGAGAGAACCGAGCGAAAACCAAGAUUGAACCGAGCGAACACCAGAGUGAAACAAGCGAAAACCGAGAGAGAACCGAGUGAAACCGAGAUUGUACCGAGCAGAAACCGAGAGAGAAUUAAAUACUCACUUACUUGACUAAGAUGUUUCCUUAGGGAGUUACAACAGAUAUGAAUGCGAUUCAAUUUUUGUUUGUCAAUAGGUCGAUGCGCGACGCACUUCGCGAUGCAGAAGCACAUCACCAUGUGCAUUUUAAUAUACAGUCCAACGAAUUUACUCACGCCUUCCAAUUCAGUAAUUUUGAUGUGGAGGAAGUGCGUGAGGGUUCGGAACGUUUCAACGCAUAUCUGGUAUCCCUGGCCAAGAAGCAUGGAUAUGGUAACGCUUUGUCUGUGGUGAGAUCGCCGGCUUGGAUACAUCUAAUGAGCUCGAGACUGUUUUCUUAAUGGUCUGGGACAUUUUUUAGCAUCAGUUUAAGGGCGUUGGCAAGAAGCCAUGAAGUGCUUUGGGUCCAUUGAUGUUGGAUACGAUAGGUCGUAUUUUAAUAUCGGGGCCUGCUUUGUGGGUCUUUAUGAGGUGGUAGACGUGUUUGACGCAAAGAAGCUUUUUUGGACAAAGGAAGGGAUUUUGUUUUGCAGGCAGAUCUUCUUCCAGGCUGUGUUAACUUUAUUUUCGCCUGUCAUGGCUGCCAUGCCGGGCACUUUUUGGUAGGUGUUGGCGUAACUGAGGUGAUCAAGGCAUGUGUGUAUGUGUCUUGUUAUAUGACGCAGAACUCAGUGCCUUUAUCGCUGGGGAGGCAUACGUAGUUCUUCUCUUUGAGUUCUUUUAUAAUUUUCUUGUCUCUGUCGUCGAUAUUCGACCAUUUCUUUUGGGGUUGUAGUGAUUUGAGAGAAGUUGGAGUUUAUGAUGAAUCCUCUGCAGCUUGUUUUUAAGUUCUUCAUCAGACUGGGGUCUGUAGAUGUGUCGGGUUUGUGGAUAGGUAAAAAAAAAUCUGACUUUUGGGGGUUUGACUCACGGUAGUGUUUCCAUCGUAUUGGCAAUAACUUUUUACACUCUUUCCUUUUUCUUCCCUAUUUCUUCCCUACGUUGAUGUGCACGCAAUUCAUCCACUCUUUUGAUCACGUAUGAAUGUCUAAGAUGUAUCCAUGCUCCUGUAGUCUUCAAUAAAUAUUUCUGGUGUAGUUUUUGCUGCUUCUUUUCUCCACCCUGUGGUGUCUCUCCACCUCGGUAAGAUAUCGCCAUUCCACCAAAGACACUUAGUCUGCAAUUUGUAAAUGUUCCAACUUUACUCUGACUUUCUCUAUAGGGUUUGGCAUGCAGUCUUUCCAUAGAUGUCGUAUCCUCGUCCGCCAUCUUGCUUCUUCUUCGAUUUCUUUUCUUCUCUUGCACGAAUUACAAUGGUUACAUGAACACCUAAAAUCAUGUUAAUAGUGUACGAACGGCAUUUUACUCUGCAAUAUCUUUACUAUUCAAGUCUUCUUAUAGCCACAUGCCCACAAUUGCCCACCACACAAAUUUACAUGGACUUGCGCCUUAUCUAAAAAAGACUCCCAAAUGGAUGAAAAUGUCACUCCUAGACACUCAUGUGAUCGACCACCCGUGUAGGUAGUUGUUGUGCAUGUAACUUUCAUCUAGUAAUGUCAUACACGUCAUGAGUAUAUUACACCAAUGAUGUCAUAUAGGUGCACAUAGUGAGCACAUUAACAUUACGUCAUGAGUACAUUACACCUAUGAUGUCAUAUAGAUACACAUAAUGAACACGAUGUAGUCACGUGUUAUGUAGAUCGCGACGUUUGGACUGCAUACUGCUAGUUUUCAGGCGAUGAGGUCGACCGGUCAUGCGUGAUAUUUACAGGUACAAGAUUUCAGGUACACAUCAUGAGUAUAUUACACCAAUGAUGUCAUAUAGGUACACAUAAUGAGCACAUUACAAUACAAUACAAUAUUUAUUUUGCCAUUUAAAACAUUUACAGAUGGAGAAAAAAAAAUGAAGAAAAUUGAUGACAGAAAAUAAAUGGCGAGAAAACCUGAAAGAAACCACGAGGCUUAUAACAAGUCAGGCUUUCAAAUUUUUUUUCAGGUCCUAUUUUCAACUAUUCGUUUUACUAGUGUUCUAAGCUGCGAGAAUCUCUUAAUUUCAUCUCUUCACCGCAGUGCAAAUAUAUGAAUUUCAUAUAUCUAAAAUCAUCACGUGUCACAUAGUACAUAAUACAGCUCUGUGUUUGGUUUAGGACCAGAGUAACCACUAUUACUACGCUGAGUACCUAGAUCCCUUAACGAGCACGCAGAUGCCAUCAGCAAGUUCAUAGAUUGCAAUGAAUGGGGAGUUUCCUUACAUUUUUUCACUCACGUGGGUGGUAUCUGGAGCCCCCAUUCUGUUGAUCGGUUUGCUAAUUCCCACAACUUUAAGCUUACAAAGUUCUAUUUGCACUAUUGGAACCCUGGUUGCGAAGGAGUCAAUGCCUUUUACUACACUGGGUUGGGGAGAAUAAUUGGCUAGUGCCCGCAGUGUCCUUGAUUCCUCAGGUUAUUAGGCAUCUUGCGCAUUGAAAAGCUGCAGGUACUUUUGUCGUACCCGAAUGGGUUUCGUCCCCGUUCUGGCCUAUGUUCCUUGGGUUUCAGUCUUCUUACCAUUCCCUUGUCGAGGGUAUUAUUACUUUCACUGACAUUGCAGGAAUUUCCACCGGGAAAACAUCAGUGUGUUUGUAGUUUCGGUGACUACUCCUUACCUCGUUAGCCAUGUAUGCUUCUAGUCUCAGUGACUAGUGAUUGCCUCGGUGGCUGAGUAUGCUUCUAGUCUCAAUGACCUGUGUGUGCAUUGACGGCGGCGUAAGUCUGUAGUCCUGUCAUUUUUGUGUGCCUCGGUGGCUGUGUCUCUUUCGUUUAGUGGAGUUAUUUAUGCUAAAGCGGCCGUUAAUGUUUGUAAUCCCCGUACCCGUUUUGUUGUUUGGAUGUCCAUGUGGGACUUUACUUUCGUUGGCCACUGCGUACCUCGUUGUCCGCACGUGUUGCGUAGUUCGUACUUUUCUUACCGGCUUUGACUUGGUCUUGAUCCGCAGGAUCGUUUUCAGUAUAUCCCAUUUCUGUGGGCUCCCACCCAAUUUUCUGGUGACAGUUCCCUUUCUCUCCGUUUUGUGUCUUCCUAGACGUUUUUUUCCGGUCCCAUGUGGUCCGAGCUUACCCACGUUCAAAAUCGUCCUUUUCGUCUUUUGGCGAACUAGUAACCCGAUGUGGUCCUUGGCUCCAGAGCAGAUAAUUCAACAGCCUCGUAUCUUAGCGGUUUUAGACAAUGGCGUUCUUGGGCCUCUAGAUUCCCUGAGAUCAGCUUCUUGCCAGCAACCCCGGUUUACGUGGCCUUGUAUUUACUCAGCAUCUUUUAAGCUUCUACUUCUCCGGCACAUGACCUUGCUGGUUUCCAGUCAUCAACGAACCACACUCUUCCACAAAAAGUUAUGGAAUCUGCCCUACGGAUAUUGUCGCAUCGGAAGUCCAAGAAGUUGCCGAUGACUACAGAAAUUCUCUUCAAUUUCCUCCAGAGCCUGGAUGGCUCUUUGGUCGAUACGAGAUGUAUGACCAUGGCACUCCUCGCUUACGCAAGGUUCUUGAGGUUUGAUGAGCUUUCAAACCUAAGGCUCAUGGAUGUAACUGCACACCCUACAUAUUUAUUUUUUGCUAUUUAUUGA